CGUACAAGGUUCAAAUAACCUGUCAGUUGUUUUAUGGUUAACAACACAUUUAUUGGUCCCCUUUGAUGCCAUAAAAACUCAUUAAGACAUUAAGAAAAGUCACCCAUGUUGGGACCUUAAUGAAAUAGCCUUUGUGUAGUGAUAUUCAAGGUUGUUGAAUAGUUUACUGUAAGCGGCAGUAGGCUGUGUGCGAUUCUGAAUCAUCUCGUCUUGCUGCUGCUGCCUCGGAGGGGAGGGUGAUCGGACGGCUCUUGUGUUGGGAGAAGGGCAGAUAUCCGCAGCAUUCCCCUGCAUCCUCCAGUAAUCCCAGUGUCUAUCCCUCUGUCUGUCCAUUCUUCAAGACCUCAUUCAUCUGGAGAGACCUCGUCUGCUUCUACAGGGUUAAAAUGGCAAGCAGCUUCGCACGAAUUUUGUCAAGUAAAAGGAAGGUGGGAAUCUUGUCGUUGGUCGGUGCGGGAUCUCUGACCGUGGGAUUCUUCCUGAACAGAGAGCAGCAUGUCAAUGCAGGAGCGCACGUCCGGAGAAUUUAUCCUCCUAGUGCUGAAUAUCCAGAUUUGCGGAAGCACAAUAACUGUAUGGCCAGUCACCUGAGUCCCGCUGUGUACGCUAAGCUGUGUAAUAAAACCACUCCGAAUGGUUACACUUUGGACGAGGCUAUCCAAACUGGCGUGGACAACCCUGGCCACCCAUUUAUUAAGACUGUAGGAAUGGUGGCAGGAGAUGAGGAGUCAUAUGAGGUCUUUGCUGAUCUCUUUAACCCAGUCAUCAAGGAAAGGCACAAUGGGUAUGACCCCUGCAACAUGAAACACCCGACUGACCUGGAUUCCAGUAAGAUACGCGGAGGCCAAUUCGAUGAGAAGUACGUCCUGUCGUCUCGAGUCAGGACAGGUAGGAGUAUCCGAGGCCUGAGUCUGCCCCCGGCCUGCACCCGCGCUGAGCGCAGAGAGGUGGAGAAGGUCGUGGUUGAUGCCUUGGCCGGCCUAAAAGGAGAUCUGGCUGGAAAAUACUACAGCCUCACUCAAAUGACCGAACAAGAGCAGCAGCAGCUUAUUGAUGAUCACUUCCUGUUUGAUAAGCCUGUAUCACCCCUGCUGACAUGUGCAGGCAUGGCUCGUGACUGGCCCGACGCGAGAGGCAUCUGGCACAACAAUGAAAAAACCUUCCUGGUGUGGAUCAAUGAGGAAGACCACACUCGUGUGAUCUCCAUGGAGAAGGGGGGCAACAUGAGGAGGGUCUUUGAGCGUUUCUGCAAGGGUCUCCAAGAGGUUGAGAGACUAAUUCAGGAGAAGGGUUGGGAAUUCAUGUGGAACGAGCGUCUGGGUUACAUUCUCACCUGUCCAUCAAACCUGGGCACAGGGUUACGAGCUGGCGUCCAUGUUACUCUUCCUCGCCUCAGCAAGGACGCUCGUUUUCCAAAGAUCCUGGAUAACCUGCGACUGCAGAAAAGAGGGACUGGAGGAGUGGACACUGCAGCUGUUGGAAACACUUUUGAUAUUUCCAAUCUGGACAGGCUGGGCCAAUCAGAGGUCCAGCUGGUUCAGACUGUGAUAGAUGGAGUGAACUAUCUCAUUGAAUGUGAGAAGAAACUGGAGAGAGGCCAAGACAUCAAAAUCCCCGCCCCCAUCAGCCAGUUUAAGUAGACUGGCAGUCUCGCUUAGCCCCUCCCCUUCUCCUGGCUCCUCCCUCUUGUGUAUUCCACCAAUACUGAUCCAUAAGCAUGCCUCUGUGUUUCUCCAGACAACCCACACUCCAGUAUAACACAGGAGUGAAUGUAUCAUACAUCAUGAUUGUGUUCACAUUGUAACUUGAUUGUGUUGCAAUAAUACUAUAAUAGCCAUUGUCAAGAUUUGCCUCAGGAGAAUUAAACAGAUGUUUUCGUUGAAGAUGUUGAUGAUAUAUAAAAUGUUGAAGGGUCUUGGAGAGUGUUUUAUUGUCCUUUUUACUGUUGUCAUACACGGAAGUAGGCGAAAAGCAACUACCACUGAAUCAAUAUAAAAUAAAGCCACUGCUAAUAUGUA